UAAUCCUCGUAUGCCUGUUUGCAUGCCGUCACGGCCACCACGAAGCUCAACGGUAGAAUCGUGGUCCAACAUGAGAUCGGGGAUUUCGUUAACGUUGACACGAUCGCCGUAAUAAGAAAAUACAAGUUCGCAAUCCGCCUGAACUGCUCGAAGAGGUUCUUCGGCACGAAGUUCCAAAUAGUCGCCUAAUUUCCCCCAGCAAAGCGCAAGAACGAAGACCGACAGCGAGCUGCAGGGCGAUAGCUUCAUAAAUGGUGCCUUGGACAUCAACGCCACGAUUAGAGCUUAUCAGGCACGUGGCCAUCUGAUCGCCGACAUCGAUCCGCUUCGCAUACAAAACCCGGAGUCCUACAAGCUUCAAGGCACAGCAAAUUUGCCACCGAAGAUCGUCGUCAGACACCAUUUGAAAGGUAUGACCGAAGCCGACAUGAACAGAGAGUUUCCCCUCGCGCCAUUCACCGUGAUCGGCGGACCCAAACGAAGUCUCCCGUUGCGCGAGAUACUGACCAGGUUGAACCAAAUUUACUGUGGACACUUGGGCCUCGAGUACACUUACAUCCAUGAUCUCGUGGUGCUGGACUGGCUCAGAGAAAGAUUCGAGCCACCAGGCGCUUGGGAACUUCCAGUGGAACACAGGAAGUUCAUUUGGUUGAAUAUCAUGAGAGCAGUGACGUUCGAGGGCUUCUUGGCGAGGAAAUACCCUACCGAGAAGAGAUUCGGCCUCGAAGGCUGCGAAUCCUUUGUUCCCUCCAUGGUAGAGUGCAUAGAAACAUCCGCGGAUAAGGGGGUAGAAUCUGUCGUGAUAGGCAUGGCGCAUCGGGGUCGCUUAAAUACCAUCAUUAACGUUUGCUCGAAACCUCUGCAUCAAUUGCUCACUCAGUUCAACCCGAUUCCUCUGGAAGGCUUCGGGUCUGGCGACGUGAAGUACCAUUUGGGAAUGCACACAGAGAAAGUGUUGGAAAGAACGAACAAGAAGGUGAUGAUCGCCGUUAUGGCGAAUCCGUCGCAUUUGGAGGCGAUCGAUCCCGUAGUGGUUGGUCGCAUUCGGGCGGAACAAGUGGAGAAAAACGACGCGAAGCGUACGCACGCGAUGCACUACUCUUGAAAUAAUGGUUCGCGGUUAAUGCCUGAUUGUUUGCAGGUGGUAAAAAGUCGAUGGCUAUUUUGGUGCAUGGCGAUGCCGCUUUCUCGGGCCAAGGUAUCGUUUACGAAACCAUGCAUCUGACCGAUUUACCCGAGUACACGAC